CUAUAGCGCCACCUACUCAAGUAAUUUUAAACAUGGCUACCUUAUUGUUGUAGAAGUGGAUUAAGAUAUUUCGUUGUGAUCAUUGAUACAGUUUUUGAAGUAAAAAAUGGCUGAUAGUGAUGAUGAGUUUGAAAGAAAAAAAGGACGAGAUAAGUUCAGAAGAGAGCGUAAUGAUUAUGAACGUCGCAGUGAUGAUAGACGUAGGGAAAACUGGGAUGACAGAAGACCAUCUGUGAGAGGACAACGAGGGUGGCGGGGCAACUCAGGAGGAAUGAGGCGAGACAUGUGGCCAGGCAGGGGAAGUAAUAUGCGAGACAGGAGAGACAUGUAUACUAGACCUUAUGAUGACAGACGCAGAGAACGUUACAGUCCUGGUCGAUAUGAUGCAAACCCACACCCAGCUAAACGCAUGAGGAGAGAUGAUUUUGAAGGGGGCUAUCCUGGAGCAUAUGAAAGCCCAUUUACAGUUAGCAAUGGACCCCCUGGCAUGGACAGGCCAAACUGGAAUCCCAGAGGCAUGGAAGUCAGUAAUGGGCCUCCAGAUCGUGGUGGUUUUGGUGAACGCAGAGAUAUUGGGGAUGCGGAUUAUCCAACUCAACCUCCCAUGAUGACUUUCAAACAGUUUCUCAGUAAGCAAGAUGACACUAUAUCUCAGGAUGAAGCCAUUAAGCUGUUUGAUGAUUACAAGUUAGAUUUCAAGCGGCAACAAAUCAAUGAAUUUUUUUUGGCUCACAAAGAUGAAGAGUGGUUCAAGUCUAAGUAUCACCCUGAAGAAUGUGAAAAAAGGCAAGUUGAGAUCAGAGACGCACUUCAAACGAGAAAGAAGGUCUUUGAAACACUGAGAGAAAAGAAGUUUUUUGAAACUGUUUCUGUGGAUGUGGAGUGUACUGAUCCACUGGUUAAAAUAAUGGAUGCUGCUGUCAUUCUACUGGAGGGUGGAAAUGAUUUGGAUCUCACUAUUUUGGACAACCCACUCGAUGAAGUCACUGAUCAUCCUGCCCAUAACACUGAACCUGUUGCUACACCAGUAAAAAAUGAAAAGAAAACAGAUGGGGAAGAUGGUGAAUUAAGUGAUUCAAAUGAUAAACAUGACGAAGAAAAGGACACAGAUCAGGAGAAAAAUCAAAACCCAAAAGAUGCUACAUUAGAAGUAUCAAUAAGCCCAGAACAGGAAGAACUGAAGAAAAAAGCCAUAGAAUACAAGAAACAGCAAGAGGAGGCUGCUGCUGAAGCUAAGGCACAGCGUAGGAAAAAGAAGAGCAUGAGAAAGAAGUCAGAUUACAGCUAUGAAACUGAUAGUGAUUCUGGGUCAGAAUCUGAUUCAGAUCCAGAGCCUGCACCACCAGGUAUGGAAGCAACUGAUGGGUUGGAUGAUAAUCCAAGUCCAGCGGGCCUUGAAAUGGAUAUCUCAGAUAAAGAAAAAGUUACUGAAAGUGAAGAUAAUAAAGAAAAGGACAAUGCUGCAGAAACAUCAAAAGAGAAAGAAGAAAUAGUGGAAAUAAAACCAAGGCCAUUGCACAGAACCAAUUCCAUAUUUUUAAGAAAUUUAGCUCCUACUAUAACAAAGCAAGAAGUUGAAGCACUAUGUCGGAGAUACCCAGGAUUCAAACGUGUAGCAUUACAGGAUCCUCAGCCUGAAAGACGCUUUUUUAGACGUGGCUGGGUAACAUUCUCCAAAGAAUGUAAUAUAAAAGAAGUUUGUUGGGCAUUAAACAAUAUCAGAUUGAGGGAUUAUGAACUUGGAGCCACGUUAAACAGAGAGUUGAAACAGAGGAUUAGAGCAGCGAAUGGGAUCACUAUUCAUAAGCAAGUAAUGAGAAAUGACAUUAAAAUGGCAGCUAAGAUCAUCCAAAUCUUGGAUAAAAAGUAUAAACUUUGGAAUGAUCCAGAAGAAGAAAAGAAAGAUGAUGAAAAAGAGCAAGAGUUUGGGUUUGUCUCUAAAAACCCUGUGCUGAAAAAUAUUACAGAUUUUCUUGUAGAAGAAGGCAGCUUUGAAGAAGAUGAACUUAUGGGUGGCUCAGAUGAGGACAAAAAAGAUGUAAACCCUGAAAUCUGUGUGGAGAAAGAUGAAUCAUUAGCACAGGCUGUGGAUCGCAUGGUUUUGUAUUUGAGGCUGGUCCAUUCCAUUGACUACUAUAGUGCUAAUGAAUACCCUAACGAGGAUGAAAUGCCCCAUAGAUGUGGUAUAAUGCAUGCUAGAGGAACACCACCAGGACCUACUGCAAAGUUAACACAGAAUGAUGUGAAUGAAUGGAUGAGCAGUUUUGAGAAGAAACUAAAACCUUUUCUUGAGGCUUCCCAACAAAUUCCUGAUACAGAUGCCACCCAGCUGGGCAAGAAAGAUCCAGAUUUAGAAGUAGAAAAGUUUGUUCAAGCCAAUACUCAGGAGUUGUCUAAAGACAAAUGGCUUUGUCCGCUGUCUGGUAAGAAAUUCAAAGGACCAGACUUUGUUAGGAAACACAUUUUCAACAAGCACCAGGAGAAAAUUGAUGAGGUUAAGCAAGAGGUCAAGUUCUUUAACAACUAUCUUGUGGAUCCUAAACGACCAUCUUUACCUGAGCAUCCAAGCAGCAGACCCAAACCACCACCACCAGCCCCAUCUCCCCAGCCUCAGGCUCCCGUAGCACAGCGCACAGAUCCAUUUGGCUACACUUCACCAGGUAGCAUGGGUGGUUAUGGAAUGGCAAGACCCAUGUAUGGAGCUAAUGGUGCUGGGGCCUAUCAGAGCCCUUUUACAGUCCGUGAUAGUCGACCUUCCCCUGAUACAUUCAGGAGGGCAAAUUUUGGCGGAGCAACAAGACCGUAUCGUCGAUCUGAUCCUCGGCAGCUGAUUCAGUAUACAGAUCUUGAUGCUCCUGAUGAUGGAGAUAUUUUUUAAUGCUUUUGUACAAAAACAUUUGUCAUUUAAAAAAACAAUACUACUUUCAUUUCUUUUGUAAUCUGACAAGUGAGGUUAAAUGGUUUAUUUGCCUGUAUGUAAUUCAAUAGUCUUUGUAAUCCAAACUUGUUUUAUGUUCGAAAGGUAUAGUUUUCUGUACAUUUUUAGCUUGUUGGUCUAUAUUUUUUCAACAAAGCAAAAUACUUUUUGAGUAGUAUGUUUUGUGUUAAUAACUUUCAGGUGAGUGAGCUUAGUCUUAGUAGUAUAAACAUUCAUUGUCUGCUGUAUUCAAUUUGCAGAUGAGUCACAUUGUUUUUAUUUUUAAAUAAAAAAUGUUUUAAAAACUGA